AUGUGGAGGUGGAUAACUGUUGGAUCGCAUUGGGGAAAAACUUUUAUUUAUGUUGACAAAUGCGGCAUAAUUAUCAUGAUCAUCACAUUUGUGUUAGACGUUGUUGCUGUGGCAAAAUUUAGAAAAGCCAACAAGGUGUUUUCCAACAACGCAAGCAUGUUCAUGAGUGAGGCCCAGAAAAGAAAACGUCGCAUGGAGAUCAAAUUUUUCAAACAGGCACUCUGUCAAAAUGGACUUUCUCUAAUAGCUUUCAUCAGCUACCACUUCAUAAGCCCACUAUUUGCUGAUCGCUGGUUAGUAUUUCUGACAAGCACGUUCGUCUGGCAGCUUCUGCAUGUUUUUGACGGGAUUGUCGUACUACUAUUUCAUUUUCAACCCGCUAUGUGGAGGACGAUACUGGAAAAAUUUAUAUCCGCUUUGGCUCCGCUUUGACUUCGUG